UUAAAAAGGGUGUUGAGAAUGCGGCGCCUGUUUCCAAGGUCAGCUGUAUAGCGAACGACGGAGCUGUAAAAUAUUUUCGGAAUUAAAUGAGUAAAUCAGACCACGAUGUGGAAUGCCCACUCUCCCACUCACAGUGGCCAGAGGAUGGGGGCAAAUGGAGUGAGGAAGAGGAUGGAGGUGAAGCUGAGGGAUGUGAUCUUCUACAGGAGAUGGUUGAAGAAGAUGAGGAAAUAGAUCUGUACAAUGAAGAGACUUUUGGAUUGGGUCUUGACAUGGGUGUGGACGAUGCUGAAGGGGAUCCAACUGACCUCUUACUCUUUUGUGGAGACAAAUCACCAGCACCACCUUCACAGUCACGUCCUUGCGCUCCCAGCUCUCCCUCCCUACCAAAACCUGGACCCGAUUCUCGAAUUCAGCCACAGGCCUGGUCAGGGAUGCAGGCAAGGGAAAGGGGGGACAAGGAGCGGCUUGGGGGGAGAGGAAAAAUGUUUGAUGACCCAGCUGUAAUGAGGACUGUGGAAGGAAGACCCAGCCUGAAGAGUCUGGACAGUGCUAUUGUGGACAGUGGCACCAGCUCCUCUUGGCAGGCUAAGGACUCAGAUGCUUGGGUGUUGUCAUCCUAUGGCACUCAGAGAUGCAUUCCAGGAUCCAUCCUUCAGGACAAGGCUAUCGUCGGUGUCAUUGAUCGACCGGGUCCAGCCAGAAUCCUGCCUACCACUCUGGACUUCCUGUCACCUCUUCAACGUCCUUUCCCAGCAUUCAGAGGAGCUGGGCCGGGCAAGAGAUCAGGCCAACAAGGGCAACUCUCAACGAGGCCUUUUGGACAAAGAUAUCUGUCUCAAAUGCAGAUGAAUCCCAUGAUACCUCGCUCCCCUGUCCAUCCUCCGCAGCAGUACAGCCAGUCUGGAGGCUUGCGAUCUCCCUCCUCGUGCCCCCGACCUCCUGUCUCGCAGGCCUUCACCCCAAAAAUGAUGCAACUGAGGUUUGGAGCCCACUCCCCAACCCCUGCCCCAUUCUAUAGCCCCUCUGCCAAUCCUGUGCAGCGAUUCAGGUUCCCAGGUCACGUGACACAGCUCCACCCCCAGCACCGACGGCUUCUAAGCCAGCGUCAACAGAGAGCUCACAGAAAGACAGAGAGCUGGGACCCUCAUGGUCAGCUCAUGUCUUUUAAGGAGAAGGAGUGGAUUAUCAGACUGCAGAUGAUUCAGCUUCAGAGUGAGAACCCACACUUGGAUGACUAUUACUACCAGGAAUACUACCAGCGAAUGGAAGCCAAGCUGGCCGAAGAAGAACUGCUGGGAGACAGGGCAAAGAGGGAACCGCCCAAACUCACCACCCCAUAUGUCACCAAGACCGACUCCUAUACCCCAGUUGUACACAUUGAAGGCUCUUUGGGACAAGUGGCUGUGUCAACCUGUUUCUCCCCGCGACGAGCAAUCGAUGCUGUGCACGCACACUGUCCAGAAGAGGAACAAAAAGACACCAGACAACAGAGGCUAGCAGUUCUUCACAACUUGGAAAAGCUGUUCAUGAUCCUGCUGGAAGUGGAGGAGGGGGAGAGGAGAAAGGCCUCGGCGUUCAGCGAGGGGGAGAGGAGCCGGCUGAGGGAGAAGAUGCAGAGACGAGUGGAGCUGAUCUACAGACAGCUGCAGCACCCCGUUGCUCUAGAGUCAGGAGAGGAAUUCUUGCCGUGUCUCCUGGUGUCCAAAGGGAAGCGACUGCUGGCUCGGCUCCUCCCCUUCCUGUCUCACGACGCUGCGUUACAUAUUCUGAGCAUUGUGACGUCACACCUAUCAGUCCUGAUGAGCAGAGACACGGACGAGGCUCUCCCGGUUCUGUACCCAUCUCUCUGCACCGUGAUUGGACGGCUGUCCUUUAGUCAGCUCAUUGGGGUGCUCCGGGACUUCACAUCUACAUCACCUGAAACCAGAGAGUCCCAGCUUUCACUGGCCUGUCAAAACAAGUUUGGGAUCUCCCUGCUUUAUGCCCUGCUGUCUCAAGGGGAGAGACUGCUGUCCUCUGAAGUCCCUAUGGAGCCAAGCAUUGGAGAUUUUGAGACUUGGACAGAGACCGUGUUCCAGGUGGCCCGGCAGCUCUCUCAGUGCUCCUUGGUGGAGCCCCUGCUCUUACCCUCGAAUCUGCUGUCCCUCUUCUGCCGCUACCUGGACAAGCGUACCGUCCACCAGCUGGAGAACAGCAUGGAGAGGUCAACAACUGGUUGUCCUGCUGUCCCUUCCUAAUGGCUGAGAUAAAAUGGAGAAAAGACGAGAGCAGGAAAAAAAGGACUACUCGCUAAUGCCUAAUGUUUCUGGGGUUAUAGAAUCAAUCCAGGUAUAUUGAUUUAAACCUCUGAAAUCAAUUCAGCAAAGUGGAGUGUGUGACAACGUGCCUGGUACCUUGUACACAAUUCUGUGAAGUCGCUUAAUUGCUCCUGUUCUUCCUUCUCUUCCCUGUCUUCACUCUUGCACCCUUUCUAUGAAUGUUUUCCCCUUUAUUUCUUUCACUUUUCCUCACCUUCACCUUUUCUAGUUCUUCCUUCAGACCUCAGAUACUAUAACCUGCUGAUAUUCUCAAAAUUCAGUAGUGUGUAAAUUCAGAGUACAGUUCACUGAUAUAGCAAAAGGGGGGCAUAAAAUCUAGUGCAACUGACUAUGUUGCCCUGCUUUCCUUUUAGCCACAACCUUUACAGAAUGACAUAAUACAGUUUCCCACAACAUAUGGUUGUCAUUUUCCAUCAUUAUUGUGCUGUUUUACAAUAUUUUCAGCAGUAUUCUCUGGUGGCAUGUAAUGCUCAGAGUUUGUCAAUAGAUGGUGCACAUUGACUCUUAGUCCACUGGCUAAAAGCCGGGUAGCUCUAGUCAACCUGUCCCACUUGACAGUACUACUUUACCGUUCUCUGUCCUUCAGAAAUGGGUUGGGAAUGUCAGUGUAAUAUUGCGGUGUAUUCCAUUACAGUAACACAGAAACCAUGCUUUCUGCGCAGUUCAGUUAGUUCAGUUCCACCUUGAACAAUUGUUAAAAAGAAA